AUGGAGUCCAAGCCGACAAUCGUGGUGAUAGGAUCUCUGAACGUCGACUUCGUCACGCUCACUGCGCGCGUCCCGGGGCCAGGAGAGACCUUACGCGGAGAAGCACUCACGGUUUCGGCCGGAGGCAAGGGUGCGAAUCAAGCCGUAGCGUGCGGGAGGGCGGCGUUCACUUCCCGCGAGGAGCAGACGGUUGCGGUCAGCAUGAUCGGGGCUGUAGGCGCGAGGGAUCCGUACUACGAAUCUCUCCUCAAGCCUCUCCUCGAGUCGAGCGGCGUGCGGACCCAAGGUAUCGACGAGAUUGAAGGCGUCGGGACAGGGACUGCUACGAUCAUCGUGGAGGGAGGAACGGGCGGCGGAGAGAAUCGAAUCAUCAUCGUGCCCGGAGCCAAUGGCAACGUUGACGAUGCCACCAAGGUGCUCGCGACAAUGACCGAGAUGGUCCCUCGAGCUCCAGACGUGGUUGUCAUGCAAGGAGAGAUACCCUUCACUGUCGUGAUGGAGCUUCUCAAAAAGUUUAACAGUGGGGAGUCGGGCCCACAAAACAUCUGCGUCGUCUUCAACCCUGCACCCAUGCCCGAGGACGGCAUACCGCUCGGAGCGCUGCGCAAUCUCGCCGUUCUGGUUGUCAAUGAGACCGAGUGCCUUUUGCUUUGUCGACAUCUCGAGCAACUCGGGUUGGACAUGGCCUCAGAGGCACUGAGGACGAAGGAGGGAGAGGAGAAGGAAGAAGAAGAAGAAUUGCUGACGGAGCCGUUCCUCACAGCAACAGCACACCGCCUCCACGACCUGGUCGGUAUAUCCGUGGUCGUCGUGACGCUCGGCUCGCGUGGAGUAUUUUACUCUGCAAGAAAGAAUGGUAGCAGCCAUGGCGAAGGCCAGGAGAAGCGCAUUCACAGCGCCAUGAUUCCUGCGGCCAAAGUGGACCAUGUCGUCGACACAACAGCGGCGGGAGACACGUUCGUGGGCUAUCUGGCUUCCGCGCUGGCAACGCAUCUUCAUUCGAGCACCUCAGAGAGCAGGGCAGGGAUCGAUGAUUUCGACCUGGCAAACGCGGUGCACCGCGCAAAUCAAGCGGCAGCCAAAUGUGUCCGGCGCCGAGGCGCAGCGGAGAGUAUACCGUAUGGGUAUGAAUGA